UUUUUCGAUACAAUACGCCGCGAACACCGCACUUACGCAUUAUACUGCAACACAGCAGCGACGGUUCAUGUCAAUACAUGUAGGUACCGUAAUCGUAGUACACGUCCGUUAAAGGAACGAACCGUAUAUCGUCGGCGGUCACACAUCACCAUCGUCGGACAACGUGUCGUCGUAGAGAAUUUGCCGUACUGCAGACUUUCUAGUCGAAUUUAUACUACGUCUACAAACCCGACGGACGGGCGGACGGAACGAACAAGCGGCGCUGGUCGACGGCAGCGGCGGCGUCUGCGACUACCGCGGUAUAAGGUCACCGUAUAUACGUAUAUAUACCGGAGCGGCGGAGGCGGCGACUGCGACUACGCUGUACGCGGGCGCCGGCGGCGGCGAAGUCAUGGACCCCAGUGUGCUUUCAGCGAUGGACCGGGACGCGCUCAAGAAACAGAUCGAAAACAUGCGCUACCAGUCCACAAUGGACCGAUGGCCGCUAUCCAGGAGCAUACAGGCGAUGAGAGAAUUUGUCGAGGAAAACGAAAAAACCGAUCCAUUAAUCCACGCUCCAGACAAAAAGAACAACCCUUGGGCGGAAAAAGGAAAGUGUGUAAUAAUGUGAACGAUUUUUUUUUACACACUCAACUCGGCGCCGUUGCUGCCGCCGCCGCCCACACAGCCGUGCCGCGCUGCCCUGUCGGCAUUGGAUCCGGUCAAACUUACAUUUUCUUUACAUUUUAUUAACGCAAUCAUUUAUUUUUUAUUUCAUGAAAAAUAUAAAAUUAAUUGUAACAUUUCCAA